AUGGGAUCUAAGUCGAAGUCCCCUAAAAGCAAAGGCAGUAAGGGUAAAAACAAGGGGAGCAAAGGUAGUAAAGGCAGCAAAGGCAAGGGAAAAUCCGACAUCUCAGAGGAGCCCUUCAAGUAUGUGCGUGUCCCCACCCCCCCGCCACCACCUAAACCGCCGAAACCCACCCUCCUCUCCUACAUGCGGCGGCAGGUCUGGUACCCUUACGUAAACCGUCCUACCCUCGAACACAGAGAAUUUUCAUGGUCCCCCACCUGUCCGCUAUGCACUAGUUGGGGUGAUGUGUGGGUCAGUGAAUUCUCGAAUCGUCGGAUUUCUAGGUACAAGUACGAUCCAGUGAACAAUACUUUCACCUCGCUAGGAGCGCCAAUCGUGACUAAAGGUGAACCGAAAAUGAUGAUUGAAAUACCACUCACGGGUCGUGUUGCAGUGAUCCUGAAUUGUCCAACGGUGAAAAAUAGUGCCAUCGCUUUCUACAAUCCGGAGACGUUUGCCGAGGAGCACAAGAUUGAAUACCCCUAUAACGCCGUAGAUCCUGCAACGAUUCCAACCACUAUAAACCCAGAUACCAACCAGCCACUACCACGAAACUUUGAUCUAUUAGAUGAAUCCACGCCCACCGGUAUCUGUGCAAACAGAAAAGCCAUUUGCGUAAUUUUUGAACCCUUGCAGAAGUCACUAUUUCUUCAUCCACACACUUACGCGCCGUUUGACUUUAAAUUGGAAAAUUAUUACCCAGACGAGAGGACAUGCAUUCAUUUGGCUUCUUCCGGAGGUUGUGCCAUGUCUGAAGACGUUUUAUUUGUUGCCGCCACUCGGCCAAACCGAAUCCAAGCCUUCUACCUUCACUACGACCGCCUGUUUGAUCGAAUUGAUAAGAUCAAAGUUGUUCUAUUCGCCAACUUUGGCAUUGAUAGAUUCUCUUUUGGGGAGCCCUUUGAUAUUCAACUUGAUCCGUUUGGUCUGAUGGUUGCAAAUGACUCGAAGGGAGGAAUCUUCCACGUCUACAACAUCAAAAAAAUUCCCAAAGGUCCGUGGAUUCCAUCGCUACCUCAUGGUGAAACUUGCUACAUAGGGUCAUGGAAAAUUGAUGCUUAUCAGCGCAUUCGUCCCGGGUACUUCUCCUUGGCCAAGAACGGAACUGCAGCAAUUGUGGAUCGCCACAGAAACUCUCUUCAUCUGAUUGGCGACCGAACUGAGUUCUGUUGGUAUGGCGACACCUAUUUGUGCUUAGAAAACGUCCUUCUUCGCCCCAUUGUCGACCCCUUGAUGCCGAAUCUUGGCAAGCCACCAACUCCAGAGAAGUACUGCCUGUGUGUCGUAAAAGACACCUGGGAACCGAUCCCGCCGGAGAUUCUCCUCCCCGAGGACUGGAUCAAGAAGCACACCAGAGAGAAAGAUCUGCCUGUUGAAGACGGAAAGAGCUCGAAGUCUCCCAAAGGAAAGGGAUCCAAGGGCUCGAAAGGGUCCAAGGUUUCGAAAGGCGGAAAGAAUUCGAAAGGAUCUAAAGGCUCAAAAGGAAAGAAAAAGAAGUAA